AUGUAUUACUAUCAAAUAACAACAAUUAAUGAAAGUUCUUUACUAUUAUUACGUGAUAUUGAAGUACAGCUUGAUAGUGAAGGUUAUUUAACGCCCACGUUAAUGUCAUGUAUUGUUAAUGCAGGGCUUAAUGAUGUUGAACUUCGUAUUUUCUUAAGUCGUCCUUGUCAACUUUAUUUACCAAUCGAAGUGUUAAUUUCUCCUAGUACUAAAAAAAUCAAAAAAAAAUCCCCAACAAGAUCUCAGAAUAGAUUUGUGUUGUAUCGAAAAAAUUAUAGCAAAUCUCUUAAGGAUCAAAAGGACUUCAUAACUGUAUCGAUUGAGGCUGGUGUGGCUUGGAAGAAUGAAUCACCUGAAGUAAGAGAUUAUCCGUCUUCUGCUCCUUACACGAACGGUGAUGCAAAUACAUCGUCUUCCACUUUUUCAGGUGUGUCUUACACAAAAGAUGCUUCGCUUUUUCCUCCAUGUUUAACUCCGCCUAAUGAGUUAUCUCAAGCCACUCAAGUUAAUGAUAUUACUGGAAACGGAACUCCAGCAUCACAAACAAAUUUAUCGGAUGUUUUUAAUCGUAUUAUUAUGAUUGAUGGUUAUAAUGAUGCCCCACAAGAAGUUCAAGAAAUUAGACCAAUUCAACAAGUUUCACAAGAGCAAUUUGAUUCGGACCCUUUCUGGAGUUUAUUGACUUGUUUUGAGGAGACAAGUGAAGAAAUGGAACAGUCACAAAUAAACCAGCAGCAACAGCAACAG